ACAGACAGAGAGGCGUCGCGCGCGCCAGUGAGUGAGUGAGUGAGUGAGGACGAGAGAAGAUCAUGGGGCGGAAAUCGAGGAGGAAAACCACCCCCUCGGGCGGGGGUCUGACAGCCCAGAAUCCUGCUUCACCAUCAAAGAAAUCUUUACGUGAAGAUCAAAAACCUAGAGAAGUUGAGCAAGGUACACUGGACGAUCGGAGACCAAAUCUACAAAAGAAACCAGAACGGAAAAUGAGCCACAAGAAAGCACUGGGGAAGGUUCCUCAGCUGUGAACAGGAGCAGUCUUUCUAAAGCAGUAACAACUCGCCCUCCAAUAAAGAGGAGGAGAUUGCCCGAUUCUGCAGAUGACGAUGGAAGUCCAGCCAAAGUUUUGAAAGAAGGAGAAGAGGAAAUUGACUCCGAAAGCACUUCUCAAGAUCACAAGACCGACAAAGGUGUCCCAGCACUUCCUAAGAAUUCAGAAGAUAAAGAAGAAGAUGAUCUGGACAAUAUGGAUGUUGCACCUCCAGAAGACGAUGGUCUGCACGAUAUGGAAGUUGAACCUCCAGAUAUCUCCCUACCUGAGGACAGAGCUGGGGAGGAUUUAGGCGAAUAUUCAGGAGGAACAUCGCUAUUGAACUAUUCUGUGAUAAAAACAUCGCAAUAUUCUGGGAUAAAGCCGUCCGAAUAUUCUGGGGUAAAGCCAUCGGAAUAUUCUGGGACAACAGGAUCUAAACAUUCUGGGAUAACAGAGUCGAAAUAUUCUAGGAUAAAGUCACCAGAAUUUUCUGGGAUAACAGGAUCAAAAUAUUCUGGGGGAACAUUUCCAUCGAAAUAUUCUGGGAUAAAAGCACCGGAAUAUUCAGGGAGUGCAUCCAAACGUUCAGUGGUCUCAGGUGUUGGCAAUCAAAGAAAUACCCAGCGGAACAUCAGGACUCCGAAUGUCUAUGCUCCUGGAAAUUCGUUUGUUAAGCAUGGCGCCUCUGUUCGUGGAUGGGAGCAAACACCAGAAAAAGGCACCAAAUCAUUCUUAUGGAAGUUGGGAAUUCCAAUAAUGGGAUUAAUUGCAGCUUUGGUUAUAUGGCUAUAUUUUGUUGGGAAUCGUGAGGAGCUCUCUUCUCCAGGGAUGGAAAAGGUGACGGAAUCUUUCCUGGAGAUGCUGAAGGAGACCCAGCGGAGAUUCCCACACCAGGAGCCGCAGUUGUGGGCAAGGAGCACAGUCCUUUUGAAGAAGCACUUGGGCGCUACCACCCACUCCGAGCCGUCCAUCUUGAUGUUCGCGGCCGCUCUGGACGCAGAGAAGACCAUGAGGUGCCUGAGCCGCAGUAUCGCUGGGGCUUACGCCUCAGCGCUCGGCUCCACCGCUGUCGAGAUUGACGGCUCUGGUAAGAACCUGCUGGACAGCGACAAAGUGAAGAUGGAAAUUGAUCAGCGGCUGUCGUCGGAGUUCAACGAAGGCAAAAAGGCCGCCGUCAUCCACCACUUCCAGGACCUGCCACCCCCGUCCACCCUCCUGUUCUACAAGUACUGCGACCACGAAAACGCAGCCUUCAAGGACGUCUCCCUCCUGAUCACGAUCUUACUGACGGAGGAGAGGCUGCAGACAAACAUGUCCUUCCCCGCGGCGGAGGAGAAAGUCCGCGAUUUCUUGUUGAAACGUUUUUUUGAAGCUCAGGAUCCUGGCACCAUGAAUAUGGACAAGCUGAGCGGAUUAUGGAGCCGCAUUGCCCAUCUGGUGCUGCUCGUGGGGCCUGAGCAGGAAUAUGAGGAGAACGGGUGUAAGGGACCUGUGAGUGGGAUUCCAAACGACAUUGACGGAAAUGUGCUGCACUCAGCCUGAAAUGCAGAGGAAGCUACAGGGGUCUGUAGCUGAUCACCAAGGGACUCAUUUUGGCUGCGUGUCAAAGUUACAUAACCAAGUUGAUGAUCUUUUAAAAAAUCCCUCCAAAUCAGAUGCUACUUGGGCAGUUAUUGGUAUUUUAAUGUUGAUGAGAGUUAUGUGUUUUUAUAUAUAUAUAUAUAUAUAGAGAGAGAGA